UAUCACAGUUUUGUUUAAUGAAAGACUGAAAGUCUUUUAAUUAGGAAAAAUACAUCAGCCACUCUCACUACACUUUUGUGUAAUUAAAGACUCAAAAGUCUUUUCUCAAAAAAAUUUACUAUCAGGCAGCGCCACAACCAGCAAAGACGAUUCGCCGAUCAUCGCCGAAAAUAAACAAAAGUUCCCUCUUCCUCACGAUUCGUCCAUGUACUGAAAAUUCUUUUAGAGCUUUCUUUCUGAUAUCAGUGGAUUUUAAGUCAUGAGAGACUGGUGGCCAAGAGGUAAAAAGUGGCUUAAAUUGGAAUCUGUAGAAACAAUCGCGCUUGAACAGCUGAAAGGAAGUACAAUAUCAAGGGAAACAAAAGAAGGAAUGAAUGAUACUUUAGAGACCAAGGGGAAUUGGCUUCCUGAUGACUUGCUCUUUAAGAUUUUUCUUCUACUUCCAGCUGAAACUCUCUGCAAACUGCGUUGUGUAUGCAAGUCACUUCUCAAGAUGAUCAACAGUCCAACUUUUAUUGAGGAUCACUUUCGUCAAUCUGAAACAGUUCUAAUUACUGAAAAUUCUUUUCAUGAGGAAAACAUGCGGUCACCUUUUCCACUACUUUCAGAUAAGAAUGAAUGUUAUUUCCAUUUCUGGGACAUCCACAGCGGCAAAGGCCAUAAAGUUUGUAUGCCAGAUAAUUUGAGGAACAUAAAGUGCAUUUUGGCUGCCUGCAAUGGUUUGGUCCUUGCCAAGAUUAGGAAAAAGGGAGGUCUAGUUAUUACAAAUCCAAGUACACGGAACCACAUUAGAGUGCCUCUUGGUACAAUUGGUUUCAUGCAGGAGUGCUAUGCCUUCAUGUUCAGCCAUUUCACAGGUGCUUAUAAAGUAGUACACUUGUUCCGCGAUAACUCUAGACACAUUCGCUGUGAGAUUCUGAACCUUACAACAAGAUCGUGGCAUGCAGUGGAUGGACCUAAUUCAGGGAAAUUUGGAUUGAUCACAACUCAUAGAUCUGUUUCAGCAGUUGGUGCUUUGUAUUGGCUUCCACAGAAUGAGGGGUGUAACCAUAUUGUCUCCUUGGGAUUUCAUGAUGAGAAAUUCCUAACUGUACCUCUACCAAUCAGCAGCACCAAAAACGAUCGACUUGUUGAAAUUGGAGGGUGCCUGAGCUUCAUAACUCAUGCCACAUUAAAUUUGAUUCAGGUAUGGAUACUGAAGAGUGGGAAUUGGUUAAAGAGAUAUAGCAUCAAUAGGUUAUAUGAUAUCACAGGAUUUGUUCCCCUUUGUGCUUCAACCAAGGAGAUAUUUUUCCAGAGAGAAGGAGGACACCCAUUGUUACAUAUUUACAAAUUUGAAGCUGAAGAAAUGCAGGAGGUUAAUUUUGAAGGCACCAAGAGAGUUGGAGAUGUUUAUAUGCCUCAUGUAAAGUCCCUUGUUUCAUGGGAUAGUCCUCAACUUCAAUGAGAUGUGUAAAUAUGUCAUUAGAACUUCGAAAA